UGCGCAUUCACAAUUUUGUUAAAACAAAAAAUCAUGAAAGUUUUGAUUGUUCUACUAUUCGCCACAAUCCUUUUGACAUUCUCCAAUGCUUCAAAUCUCGAUGAAAUCAAUGCAAAUGCAUCUGAAACAGAUGAAGUAAUUGAAUUAAUUGCAACUCAGAAGCCGCCAGUUCGUUUUAUUGACAAAGUUCGUGCAAUUGGAAGAAAACAGGCAGUCGGCGUAAAAGGGAAAUUAAUGUGUGGAGGACGCCCAGUUAGGAAUGCCACUGUCAAAUUGUGGGAUAAUGAUAUGUUCGAUCCAGACGAUCUUAUUGCUGAAACCCAUGUAAACGAAGACGGAACUUUCGAAGUAUCUGGAUUUGCAAUUUCAAUAACUGCAAUUGAUCCCCAACUACGUAUAUAUCACAAUUGUCGUUCAUCUUCCAAAGUUUGUCGACGCAAGAUUACUUUCACUGUCCCAGACAAUUAUGUGAACAAGGGGAUGCAGGUGAAUAAGUGGUUUGACUUAGGAGUUCCUAACAUGGAAAUCGGUGUGAAGCACAAAGAGGAACCACAUUGUUAUUAAACUUGCUUGAAACCAUUUUUUGUGUAAUAUAUUAAAGUUCGCUUUGCUGGAAAUCAUUGUUCAUUGGCUUUUUAUAAAAUAAGUCUAAACCACAGAAAUAAAUGUUAGAGUCAUUU